CCUCGGCCAGUAGUUUGCGGCAACGGGAGGAGCAGCAGCAGUAGCAGCGGCAGCGGGCGCGUAGGGAAGACAGACUAGUGGGCGCAGACGGCAGCAAAGCUCCCGCACACCAUGCCCGGCUGGCCCGGGGGGCACUGGCACCCGUGUCCCUAGCCCAGCGCGGGCUCGUGGCGCAUUGCUUUCCGCGGCAUUCCAGCUGAGCGGAUUCAUCUGAGAUACGAAACCUCCCACUCUUGCUUGCUCACACUCCACACUCACACUCCCCACCCCACACACUCACUCUCCCUCUCCUCGCACAUUCACGCACAUUCACACACCACCUGAGAAAGGAAGAGAAAGCGAGACAGACCUUCCGAGUGCAAGAGCGCCCGAGAGGGAGGGAGCCCAACGCAGAGGGACCAGCGCCUCUCCGGGAAGAUGGAUUCAAGACUCUCCCGCAAGUAAACUUUGGCGGCUACAAAACCGUCAACCUUGGCAGAUGCUGAGGCGAACCCCAGCGACAUGCCACUGAGCUAGGAGGGCUUCCUUCGGCGGCGGCGGAGGCGGCGGCGGCGGCGGCGGCAGCGGCGACCCUCGGAGCGACACCCCUGCCCAGACCCAGGGAGGAGGAGAAGCCCCGGGUAACCCGCAGCGGCGGCCCCGCCUCUCUUGGCCGGUACUGUUGUCGCUUCCCCUCUCCUCCUCCCCAUUCCCCGCCCCCAUCGGGCAAUUGGAAAGACCGGGACUUUGAUUUUCUUUGACAAAUUGCCAACGCCCGGUUUCCACAAACUUGACGUGGAAGCUCGGGUUGCGUUAGUAACUUUGAUAUCCGAGACGCAACGCCCGCAGUCCAACUGCUUGGUGGUGGGAACUCUGCAUCCACCUCUGAUUCUGGACUGGCGCGCCCCCCAAGCCUUCCAACGCCAACCUCUGCACCGGGGAGCGUGCUCUCCUCUCAGCUGCCUCUCUACCCUCUACCUUCCCUUGCUGACCCUGGGACUGCUAUCCGGCUCAGCCAGAUACCUGGGCGCCUGCGGCUCUUGACAAAACUCAAACGCCCACCUGCGAUCCCCCUUUAUUCUCAGCCCGCCUCAAAAAGGCUAGUGUGCCCCCCCCCCCCCGGGCCCCAGAAGACGUGUUCCAGGCGGCUCCCCUCUCCGCAGUGAGCCAGGAGCGCUGCGGGGAGGUCCUGACGUAUGCCAGGUGCUCAGACGAGGAGCUCGCCAGUCCCCGUGCCGGUGCGCUGCGGCGGGCCGGGCAGUGCCUGAGACGCUGCAUCCCCACCACCUUCCCCGCCUUCGCUGCAAGAGCGGUCCAGACUCAGCCGCGCGUCAACCCGGCCACUCAGACACGGUCCGACCCGCCGCCCUGCGCCGUAGCGGCCAGUCGCGCCCGGCUAACUCUGAAGGGGGAAAACUGAGUAGCCGGGCUGGAGGGUGGGGGCUCGGGGCCGCGCGGUGCUCCCUCCGCCCCCUGGAGCCCCCGGGCCCCCCGCAAACCCCCGCCGAGUCCACCGAAACCUCAGCAUUGGAGCCUGCGCGGGUAUCACCCGCGCGCCGCCGGGCCGCCCUGGGUGGGACUCCUCCCGAGGCCUCCAGGGCCCCGGGGCGCGCGCAACAGGCGGCCCAAGUCAGCGGAAAGCUGGAGCGCCGGCGGCGCCGUCCUCGGAGGGGUGUGGAGAGGCGAGGCCAGGCAGAGCCCCGCGCAGCCAUGGAGUCACUCCUGCUGCCGGUGCUGCUGCUGUUGGCCGUACUAUGGACGCAAGCAGCCGCCCUCAUUAACCUAAAGUACUCGGUAGAAGAGGAGCAGCGCGCCGGGACGGUGAUCGCCAACGUGGCCAAGGACGCCCGCGAGGCGGGCUUCGCGCUGGACCCACGGCAGGCCUCCGCCUUCCGUGUGGUGUCCAACUCGGCUCCGCACCUGGUGGACAUCAACCCCAGCUCAGGCCUGCUGGUCACCAAGCAGAAGAUCGACCGAGACCUGCUGUGCCGCCAGAGCCCCAAAUGCAUUAUCUCACUUGAGGUAAUGUCCAGUUCAAUGGAGAUCUGCGUGAUUAAGGUGGAGAUCAAGGACCUGAACGACAACGCACCCAGCUUUCCCGCGGCACAGAUCGAGCUGGAGAUCUCAGAGGCGGCCAGCCCGGGUACUCGCAUCCCCCUGGACAGCGCCUACGACCCGGACUCUGGCAGUUUCGGAGUGCAGACCUACGAGCUCACACCUAAUGAGCUGUUCGGCCUGGAGAUCAAGACGCGCGGAGAUGGCUCGCGCUUUGCUGAACUCGUAGUGGAGAAGAGCCUGGAUCGUGAGACACAGUCGCACUACAGCUUUCGAAUCACUGCUCUCGACGGCGGCGACCCGCCGCACCUGGGCACUGUUGGCCUCAGCAUUAAGGUGACUGACUCCAAUGACAAUAACCCGGUGUUUGGCGAGUCCACCUAUUCAGUGAGUGUGCCAGAAAACUCACCUCCAAACACUCCCGUCAUCCGCCUCAACGCCAGCGACCCAGAUGAAGGCACCAAUGGCCAGGUGGUCUAUUCCUUCUAUGGCUACGUCAAUGACCACACUCGUGAGCUCUUCCAGAUUGAUCCACACAGUGGCCUCGUCACGGUCACCGGUGCCCUAGACUACGAAGAGGGCCAUGUGUACGAACUGGACGUGCAGGCCAAGGACCUGGGGCCCAACUCUAUCCCGGCACACUGCAAGGUCACUGUCAGCGUUCUGGACACCAAUGACAACCCGCCGGUCAUCAACCUGCUGUCAGUCAACAGCGAGCUGGUGGAGGUGAGCGAGAGCGCCCCUCCAGGCUACGUGAUUGCACUGGUGAGGGUGUCUGAUCGAGAUUCCGGCCUCAAUGGGCGCGUGCAGUGCCGUUUGCUGGGCAACGUGCCCUUUCGGCUGCAAGAAUAUGAGAGUUUCUCCACUAUCCUGGUGGACGGACGUCUGGACCGUGAGCAACAUGAUCAAUACAACCUCACGAUCCAGGCGCGCGACGGCGGUGUGCCCAUGCUGCAGAGUGCCAAGUCCUUUACUGUGCGCAUCACCGAUGAGAACGACAACCACCCGCACUUCUCCAAGCCCUACUACCAGGUCAUUGUGCAGGAGAACAACACACCUGGCGCCUAUCUUCUCUCUGUGUCUGCCCGAGACCCCGACCUGGGUCUCAAUGGUAGCGUCUCCUACCAGAUAGUGCCGUCGCAGGUGCGGGACAUGCCUGUCUUCACCUAUGUCUCCAUCAACCCCAACUCCGGCGACAUCUAUGCGCUGCGAUCCUUUAACCACGAGCAGACCAAGGCAUUCGAAUUUAAGGUGCUGGCCAAGGACGGUGGCCUGCCCUCCCUGCAGAGCAACGCCACAGUUAGGGUCAUCAUCCUCGACGUCAAUGACAAUACCCCAGUCAUCACAGCCCCGCCACUGAUCAAUGGCACUGCUGAAGUCUACAUCCCCCGCAACUCUGGCAUAGGCUAUCUGGUGACUGUUGUCAAAGCAGACGAUUAUGAUGAGGGCGAGAAUGGCCGGGUCACCUAUGACAUGACCGAGGGAGAUCGCGGCUUCUUUGAAAUAGACCAGGUCAAUGGUGAAGUGAGAACCACGCGCACCUUCAGCGAGAGUUCCAAGGCUUCCUAUGAACUUAUUGUGGUGGCUCACGACCAUGGCAAGACGUCUCUCUCCGCCUCUGCGCUCAUCCUAAUCUACCUGUCCCCUGCUCUCGACGCCCAAGAGUCAAUGGGCUCAGUGAACUUGUCCCUGAUUUUCAUUAUCGCCCUGGGCUCCAUUGCCGGCAUCCUCUUUGUCACUAUGAUCUUCGUGGCGAUCAAGUGCAAGCGAGACAACAAAGAGAUCCGGACCUACAACUGCAGUAAUUGUUUAACCAUCACUUGUCUCCUGGGCUGUUUUAUAAAAGGACAAAACAGCAAGUGUCAGCAUUGCAUCUCGGUUUCUCCCAUUAGCGAGGAGCAAGACAAAAAGGCUGAGGAGAAAGUGAGCCUAAGGGGAAAGAGAAUCGCUGAGUACUCCUAUGGGCAUCAAAAGAAAUCAAGCAAGAAGAAAAAAAUCAGUAAGAAUGACAUUCGCCUGGUACCCCGGGAUGUGGAGGAGACAGACAAGAUGAACGUUGUCAGUUGCUCCUCCCUGACCUCGUCCCUCAACUAUUUCGACUACCACCAGCAGACACUGCCUCUGGGCUGCCGCCGCUCUGAGAGCACUUUCCUGAAUGUGGAGAACCAGAAUACCCGCAAUACCAGUGCCAACCACAUCUAUCAUCACUCUUUCAACAGCCAGGGCCCCCAGCAGCCAGACCUGAUCAUCAAUGGUGUGCCUCUGCCUGAGACUGAAAACUAUUCUUUUGACUCCAACUAUGUGAACAGCCGAGCUCAUUUAAUCAAAAGCAGCUCCACCUUCAAGGACUUAGAGGGCAACAGCCUGAAGGAUAGCGGACAUGAGGAGAGCGACCAGACUGACAGUGAGCAUGAUGUCCAGCGGAGCCUGUAUUGUGAUACUGCUGUGAAUGAUGUACUGAAUACCAGUGUGACCUCCAUGGGAUCUCAGAUGCCUGACCAUGAUCAGAAUGAAGGAUUUCAUUGCAGGGAAGAAUGCCGGAUUCUUGGCCACUCUGACAGGUGCUGGAUGCCUCGGAACCCCCUGCCCACCCGUUCCAAGUCCCCUGAGAAUGUGCGGAAUAUCAUCGCUCUGUCCAUUGAAGCUACUGCUGCUGAUGUUGAGGCUUAUGACGACUGCGGCCCCACCAAGCGGACUUUCGCAACCUUUGGAAAAGAUGUCAGCGACCACCCUACUGAGGAGAAGCCCACCCUGAAAGGCAGGAGGACUGUCGAUGUGACCAUCUGCAGCCCCAAAGUCAAUGGCGCUGUCCGGGAGGCGGGCAAUGGCUGUGAGGCGAUUAGCCCCGUCACCUCCCCUCUGCACCUCAAGAGCCCUGUGCCCACCAAGCCUUCCGUGUCUUACACCGUUGCCCUGGCACCACCCGCCCGUGAUCUGGAGCAGUAUGUCAACCAUGUCAACAGUGGUCCUUCUCGUCCCUCUGAAGCUGAGCCUCGUGGAGCUGACAGCGAGAAAGUGAUGCAUGAGGUCAACCCCAUUCUGAAGGAGGGUCGCAACAAAGAGUCUCCUGGCAUGAAGCGUCUGAAGGAUAUAGUUCUCUAAACCAGUCUCGGGGAAGAAGAGAGAAACCAUGCUGGCUAGUGAAGAAGCAGGAGCUGAUCGUUUUAAUUACUCACUAAUGGUUGGUUCUUGAGUGGCUGUAUUUCAGAGCUUUCCCUAAAUGUAUUGUUUAUAAAUGACUAUCAUUUUGUGACAAUCCCUCUUGUUUCAACAGGCAGCAGGGGUGUUCGGUUGGAGCAAAUUAGCUUUGGCUUGAGUUGUUCAUGGGGCCUUGAUGUUGGGGAAACAGAGAUGAAUUCAGUUGUGAAAAGUAUUAUGUAUAAGUGUUUGAAUUUAUAUAUUUUUCUAUGUCAAAUUAUAAUAUAAAUUACAUUGUUUGUGGAGGAUUACAUUUAAAAAAGCAAAAAAAAAAAAAAAAGCUCUGGACACUUUUAAUAAGCUCGCUACUGUUUUGUAGUGUAGGCAAGUUAAUGGUCAUUUAUUGUGUACUAUUCAUUGAUUCAGUGAUGUGAAAUUGAGCCCCUAAAAGAUUGUUUCUGAAGCUCAAGUAGUUUCCAAUGAUGCUAUUUGCUGUGGACACCCCUGCUUUAAGAACCCUUUUGCUAGCUGUGCUAUUGUUGUAUUUGAUAUUGCAAAUUGCUAUGUGCGUGGUGAUGGCAAAAGACUUUUAGAGGUUGGUGUUGUUUUUUUUUCUUAAAAAAAUGAAUAAAACUAUAGAUAAAAACAAAGUGCAAACUGAGAUGGGCAAGUGAAUAAGCAACACCACACACAUAUAGAUAAGUACUUGGGGAUACUCACUCUUGGAAGAUACCAUGGAGUGAUUGCUCACACCUUGCAGAGUAUUUUGCCUGCCUUUCAGUCUUCUGCCCAGAUCUGUGAUAGAUCAUUGCAGAAAGUCAUUUUUUGAUAUUCUGCUAUCUAAUUUGCAGUUGUCAGAAAUACUGUGCUGAAAGUUACAUGAAAUCAAUUUUUUCUAAUUUUCAGGCCCUGAACAGGAAAGUUGCUCAUGAAGUUAUCGUUUUCCAGGCUUAGAAAUUCCCUGAUUCCAAUCACCUAAAAUUAAAAAGGACUGAAUCUAUUUUGAGAUCUAAUUAGCAUCUUUUUAGACACACUUCCUGAUUCAGUGUUUCCCAGUCAUGAUUAGAAUUGCACUACAAAGCAUGUCAUGGGGUGGAAUUAAGAACUCCAUGUUGCUUUGUAUUGUAGGAUUAUAAUUUGGGAUUGUAUAAGCAGUACAAAAUGUACUUUUAGGAAAAGACAGGUAACAGGUAACAGCAUCACUAACUCAAUUACUGUGCCUUCUAUAUGGAGACACUUGGACACUUGAACUCAUCUUUUUAUGACUAAUACUUUUUUAAAAUAAAAAAUGUGAACAGGAAACCAUUAAAAUAAAAAUUCUUUAGAUUUAGCUAACUCUUUGCUGUAGGCUAGGAAUAUAGCAUUUUUUAUUAACAAGUUUGUUAUACACAGUUUUUUGUUUAACAUUCUUCCAACUCCCCCAUUUAUAAACUGUCUAUAAAUAGUCACUAGCCAACAUAGUAUUCUUGCAGCUUAAGAGUUCGUUAUUUUAAAAUAAACAGAUGUCACCUUUGCUCUGCCUUGUUCUUAAAAGAGUUGUUUCUAGAGAAACAAGUUUUGUGGUUCUGUUCUCACUGGUUUUAGUUUUUGAAGUUCAAGAGUACCCAGAAAAAAAGCUUAGAGGGUAGAGCAUUAGAAUGCAAAAGAGAAUUUAUUUUCUUAAGUUUAGGUAGAUAAAUCAGCUCUUUUGAAUGUUUUAGUUAUUUUUACCUGAGUUCCUGGCUUUAUACAUUAUUAGGAAUAUUUUCUUUUAUGGGGGGUAAGGGUUUUGAGGGAGGGGUGGGUAAGGCGGUGGGAAUGGAGUUAGGUAGGGGAGAAUAUUUCUGAAAAAGAACCUAUAAUAAAGCUACAAAUACAUCCUUAUUUCUUAUUCAGUGCUGAAUACUACCUCAUGCAAAAUAUUGGUGUGGCUGCAGAUUUCCCUCUGAAACUGAAGCAAUUAGUAGUCAAUUACCAUAGCAUCUUCAUCUUGACUCAUUUUAUUCUCUCUGAUGGAUUUUUUCCCUUUGACCCAUUUUAGUAGCAGGUUUUGAAUUAGGUAUGUAUUUCUGCUUUGAACUGACUAUUUGAUUAACACAUUAAAAUAAACUCUUUUCACUUUAAGUAAUGAUGACUGCCCGUAGAAUUUAGAUUGUUCCUCACCUGAUCCGUCUUGAUAUUAUGUUCUUACCUAUCACCUCAAGGUCACUUUCAAGUCCAAUUUGACUGUUUUGGUGUAUUUCUUAUUAUGCUUAGUGGGAAUAAAGAAGCUGAGAAGAUGUGGAAAGUGGGAACAUUAAAUAUUAGGUGGCUGCUGAGCCAGAGAGGCCACUGGCUACCAUGCCUCUUAUCAGCCAAGUUUAAAAUGGUUAGAGUAGCAGUGGUAUUGAUUUUGCCUCUCUCUCUCUCUCUCUCUCUCUCUCUCUCUCUCUCUCUCUCUCUCUCUCUCUCUCUCUCCAUUCUCCCCCUCCCAGAAUUUAGAAUCCAGCUAUACAACAAUCAUUUUCCCCUAUCAAAACAUUUUGCUCUCAGUGGGAAGUCAGAGACUUUUUGGCUUCCAUACCCUUUUUUGAGCAUGUUUAGAGAAUUCCCCUUAUUAAGAAAAUAACUCCCCCCCAAAUUUUCUGAUGUAUACAUCCUCCCAGAAGCACAAGUGCAUCCUAGGAGGGCUCUGUAAGCUGGUUUUAUAGGCAGGCUGCCCUGCAAAUAGGAAUUUUGUGCAAGGAUCCUAAAUUUCACUUUGUCUCAUAUUUUUCUUACCCCUUUUUUCAAUGUGUCUGAUGAAAAGUCACAAAGGCCAGAGAGUCAAAUAUUCUUCCUUUUCCCUUUCUAAAUAUGUUAUAAAAUUAGAUAUGCAGAAACAAUUUUAGUUCCUAAAUCCUAGGGAAGUCUAUUUCAUUUAUUCUGAUCUCCCUUUUGGGGAGGAGUUGAUGUUGAGGCAUAACUUACUUUACUUGUUUUGGGCAUGUCCCAGGGCAGGUAAACUUCAUUCAACAUAAAGGGUUUAGUUUGCAUUGAUUUAUUGCUUUUCCCCAAAUAUGGGAGUGUACUAUAUACAAGGAAUAGGAAGAGGGGAGCCAUGCUAUGUGGAAUUUCUUUUUUUCCCUUUUUCUAUACCAAUUAACCUUUGAACCUGUUCAGAAUGAACCUUACUAUCCCUUUGAUCCCCUUAAAGCCAGUAGAGUAAAUUAUGGCCCACGUUAUUGCCCGAAUAGGUAAUGGGCCAAGGGAUCCUCCAGUAACUAAAGGACAGUAAUCCUCAAAAUGUAGUUCCUGGACCAGCAGCAACAGCAUCACUUGGGAACUUAUUAGAAAUGAUCAUUCUCAGUUCUCACCUAAACCAACUGAAAUAGAGACUCUAUGGGAGGGGCCUAACAAUCCAUAUGGAUCAGACGCCCACUAAAGGCUGAGGACUUGUUAAAGCACAGGUUGAUGGCUCCAAACUUGGAGUUUCUGAUUCAGUAAAUCUGGGGUGGGGCCAGAGUCUUUGUCUAUUUUAAAAUUCCCAGGUGAUGCUGAUGCAGCUAGUCCAGGGGCCACAGUUUGAAUACCGCUGUUCCAGAAUAAAUCUGCCUAAUAGAGCUAAUUGCACCUAAGGUGCUUAUUUGAACUAACUGAUUGAAAUGGUGACCCACUAAUCACUAAUAAAAAUCUUAAAGGAAUACAAUUUAGAACACUGAAAACUGGAACCACCCAGAGUAUCAUUCUGGUAGUAUUACUUCAGCAUGCAACUGAUUGUAUGAAGGGAAUUCAGUUGAAUUUUUUCAUAUAGCUCUAUCAUAUCAUUAAUCACAAAAACAAAAGUGGUCCACUUGAAGCAACAAGGACAAAGGGCAGUUUGGGGAGAGGCAGGGGUAUAGGGGAUAGCUUGACUGGGCAUCCAGGGUGGGAAAACAAUUAUUAUUGUACAUAAUAGAAGUUCUGACUGGAAUUCCAUUUCUUUAUGGGGAUCAUUUUGAUGUCGAAUGUUCCCCAAAGCAUCCUGACAAGUCUGGUCCACUUGGCUCUUUCCACAGGGUAAUAAGACCCUAACUGACUUUGAAAAACUGGCGUAAAUGAGCUUAAGAAGUCCAUUGUAUACAGUCCUAGUGUUUGCCUUCUCGGUAAAAUUACAUUUGAGGAUGUCAUUUCAUGAGUCAAAUUGUAUCUGCUGAUACUGAAGUGUAUUGAGAUGUUGUUCUUUAGUUUAAGUAUGUAACAAAAUAAUAUUCAAUGGGGAUGUGUGGGGGUGGGACUGGGUGGCUUUAUAUUGAUAUUGAAAUAUUCCAGAGCAAAACACAUUGUCCUAAUGAAGUUGUUGCAGCUCUCUUUGUUUUCUUGUGAAGCUGGAAUUGGCCUGUGGGUCACUUGUUGUGAAAAAAUGAAUUAAUUUCAAAUAUAACUCAUAUUGCUUUUGUAAAACAAAGAAAAUCAACCACCUUGUCUGAAAUAUAUAUUGUGAGGCGCUCUUGGUAAAGAACAACCCACAAAAACCUGAUCUUGAUUGGAAAGCACUGUAGGUCAUUAGGGAAAACUGAUGAUGCUGAUUGUUGCUCCAGCUGUGUUGGUAAUUAAAGAUAAACUUGCUACUAACUGAAGGUUGCUGUCAACCUUAGCAAACAAACCAGCUAACACCAUUACAGCACUGGUUAAGUAGAUUUUUACUGGCACUGGCUGGCGUUCAGCUGAGGAAGGCUAGGAUACAGACUUUAAUGACCAAGAGCCAGACUAGCUCAAGCUAGACAUUCAGCAACAAAUACCUCCGUGUGUUAUUUGAAUGCUAAGGUAUUAGUUGCAAAAGGCUUACGCCUUCUCUCCUCUAGUGAGGGGAAUGAGCCUGAUGACACUAUUACUGUUUACCUGUCAAACCAGGGUGGAAAUUUAGAGGGAUGCAAGUACAGUAUGUCUCAUUAAGCAGUCUCUGUUGCUGAUUAUAUGAAAAUGAAAUUGUUGUAUAUGCUGAUCUGUAUGUUAUGUACAUUUUCACAGUGAUUGAAUCAUUGUAAAAAGAAAAAAAAAGAAAAAAUACAAUCACCGCUCUGUCUAUUUUAUGAAGAUGAUAAAGCAGCUUUAUUAAAUUAUUACAGUUAUGUUUUAAA